CUUUACAACUUGAUGUGUUCUUUUGUUGCUGUCUAGUGCCUACCUCUCAUUGUCUUAUGUCAUGAUAUUUCAAUGAUCAUGAAAUUUGAAUGCAGUCUGGAGCUCGGGUUCGAGUUACUUGUUGUCAUUGUAGCUGUGAUUCAAUGCAUUGGAUUCAUUAUCACAUAUAUUUUAGCAGUAUAUUACGGACACCUUACGCCCUUUUUUCCAUAUAUAAGCAUGACAGGAGGAAAACCACCAGAGAGUUGCAUUUUUACACUAAUUUGCAGCAUUUCAUCCAUUAUCUGGCUGCUCAUAAUCUACAUUAGAUAUGUACAAGUAAAGCAAUACUAUCAAAAGGGUAUUAAUAAAAUAGAAAUUUUAAAUCGAUUCACAUUUUGUAUUGGAGCUGUUUCUGUAUUUGGACUUUUACUAGUUGGAGCUUUUCAAGAUUAUACAUUUGAAAGUGCUCAUAUGGUUGCAAGUGUUAUCUUAUGGAUUUUUGGUAUAUUGCACAUGUGGUUCCAGACAUUGGUAUCAUAUAAAAUAUAUCACACUGGUUUGACCAGAUGUAUUGACAGAGUUAAUAUUUUUGUUAGACUCAUUAUUUCUCUAAUGGCACUCAUCAUUUCUAUAAAUUGUUUGAUAUCCAUGAAAAUUUCUGAGCUGCAAAGAGUACACAAGGAAGGACAAUAUGAUCCAUUUUACUGGGAUAGUAGUGUUGUUGGUUAUCCUCUUCAUUUGACCAGUACUAUAUCAGAGUGGUGCUUAGGAUUAACAUUUGUCAUGUUCUUCUUAACAUUUCAUGUUGAUUUCUACAGAGCCAGUUUAACUGUCUCAUUUGUAUCACCAGCACAAAGUCAAGAGGAACAAGCGGACACCACUGAUAGCUGUACUGAACAGUAGAUUGGUCAAAAGAUUUUAGUUGUGAUGUAAAAUACACUGCAUUAAUUUCUUCAAUUUUGUUAUUUUAAUAAUUUCGUCCCUUCCUCUUUAUAUCUUAAAACUUCUUUUGUAAUAAAAGCUAGUACUGUUGAGAAAUGAGA